AUGGCUUCCGCAAUCAACUUUUUGGCUCUGCUCGGGAUCGCCGCGUCUCUGGUGUCUCCGGCAUCCGCCUGGGAUCACUCCCUGUACACCACCAGCCCGGAGAUCCUGCCUUCACCAAAUGCAACCGGUGUAGGCUGGGAGGAUGCAUUCGCCAAGGCAAAGGACUUCCUUGCCGAGCUGUCCUUGGAGGAGAAAGUCUACUUGGUCACCGGUACCACCGGCCCGUGUGCUGGUAUGAUUGGGUCGAUUGAGAGACUCAACUUCACCGGCUUGUGUCUGCAAGAUGGUCCUGUGGGCAUUAGGCAGGCAGUCUAUGCCAACGUCUACCCUGCUGGCGUGAACGUCGCAUCUACCUGGGACCGCAACUCUUUCUACAAGCGAAGCCACUAUAUGGGCCUCGAGUUCAAGGCCAAGGGUUCUCAGAUCGCCCUGGCGCCCGUUGUCGGCCCGCUCGGCAGAGACCCAUACGGCGGCCGUAACUGGGAGGGAAUUUCGCCUGAGCCGUAUUUGAGCGGAAUCGGUGUUGCGGAGAGUGUUAUCGGUCUGCAAGAUGCUGGUGUCCAGGCCACUACGAAGCACUUCAUUGGCAACGAGCAAGAGACCCAGCGCAACCCGAGCACGGCUGAUGAUGGCACAAGAAUCGAGUCUCUGUCGUCCAACAUCGAUGACAAGACCAUGCACGAGAGCUACCUGUGGCCCUUCGCCGACGCAGUGCACGCUGGUACUGCUUCGGUCAUGUGCAGCUACAACCGCUUGAACGGUACCUACGGCUGCCAGAACUCGAAGACUUUGAAUGGCCUUCUGAAGACAGAGCUGAACUUCCAAGGCUAUGUCAUGUCUGAUUGGGGCGCGGUGCACUCGGGUGUUGCCACCAUCGAGGGCGGUUUGGAUAUGAACAUGCCCGGUGGCAUUGCCUUCACUACCCCUUCUCCUUCAUACUGGGGCGAGAACGCAACUCUUGCUGUGAACAACGGCACCAUUCCGGAGAGCAGACUGGACGACAUGGUCCUCAGAGUCCUGACCCCGUACUUCCACCUUGGCCAAGACCAGGACUUCCCCAAGGUCGACGCCUACUCCAACAUCCUCAAUGGCAAGGCUGAGUCGACAUGGGUCAACAGCUUCGAAGUUGGCACUGAGGAGGAGGUCGUUGACCUUCGCAGCGAUGAGACUGCCCAGUUCAUUCGCGAGUCUGCUGCCAACGGCACCGUUCUGCUCAAGAACACGAAUGGCGCUCUUCCCUUGAACGCUCCCAAGAACAUUGCCGUUUUCGGUAACGCGGCUAGCGAGUAUUCCGAAGGCCUUUACUCUCUCAUUGGCGGCAGCCCCUUCAAGGCGAAUGAUGCAGAGUUCGGCAACAUCCCUUCUGGUGGUGGUAGCGGAACCGGUCGCUUCCCUUACCUCGUCACUCCCCUUGAGGCCAUCAAGACCAAGGCCAAGGAGGACGGCUCUUUCCUGCAGUACAUCCUCGAAAAUGAGGCCAUCACCGGGUACGGCAUCAGCUCCCUUUUGCCCAAGCCCGACGUUUGCCUCGUCUUCAUCAAGUCCUGGGCGACCGAGGGCUUCGACCGCGAGACCAUCUACCCGUCGUACAACGGCACGGGCGUCGUGAACACGGUGGCUGCCAGCUGCAACAACACGAUCGUCGUCCACUACGGCACCGGUCCCUCUCUCUUCCCCUUCGCCUCCAACCCCAACGUCACUGCCAUCGUCGAGGCACACUUCCCCGGCCAGGAGGCGGGUAACUCGCUCGUCGACGUGCUCUACGGCGCCGUCAACCCGUCGGGCCGCCUACCCUACACCAUCCCCGUCUCCGACAGCGUCUUCCCCAAGACGCUCGUCAACUCGACCGACCUGGUCGAGACGACGGACCCGAACGCGUGGCAGGCCGACUUCACCGAGGGCAACAUGAUCGACUACAAGUACUACAUCGCCAGCAACACGACCUCCAACGUCCUCUACCCCUUCGGCUACGGCCUCUCGUACACGACCUUCGAGGUCUCGGACCUCGUCGUCGCCGCCGCCACCGACGCCGCCAUCGCCGGCACCACGCCCUCCGCCGACGCCACCAUCAUCCCCGGCGGCAACUCCGAGCUCUGGGACACCGUCUACACUGCCAACGUCACCGUCUCUAACACUGGUGACGUCGCCGGCGCCGCCGUGCCCCAGCUCUACGCCAACCUGCUCGCCGCUGGCGCUCCCGCUGGCACCCCCGCCUGGCAGCUGCGCGGCUUCGACCGCGUCGAGCUGGCGGCCGGUGAGAGCAAGACUGUCGGCUUCGAGCUCCGCCGCCGCGACGUCUCCUACUGGGACGUCGUCGCCCAGGAGUGGCGCGUGCCUACGGGCGCGAUCACGGUCGAGGUCGGCUUCAACGUGUUGGAGAGGACGCUGAGCGCGACUCUGCCUUAG